AUGCCCCUGCCUAGGUUGUAUCUUAUGAGGAAGGCUGACAACAAGGCUGUCAGCAAGGCUGAGACAUUUGAGAGAAAGAAGAUGGCAGGUGACGAUCAAGUCCGCAUCAAGCCUUUUCGAACUCAAGAAAUCAGAUCUUCAUUAGAUCCUUUGGAUGAUGAUGAGCACUCGCCAUGGAAUACCCUUCGAAAAGAUGAAGAGAUUCGUGCCGAAAUAUUUCAGGAUAUCGAAAGAUGUAUGCCAGAAGAACCAUACUUUCGUCAAGCCGACAUACAACGGUUUAUGUUAGAUGUGUUGUUUGUUUUUUGCAAAAUCAAUCAGGAUGUAGGUUAUCGCCAGGGCAUGCAUGAGAUACUGGCUCCUAUCCUAUGGGUAGUUGAGCGAGAUUCUAUUGAUCCUGGAGACAUUAAUGGUGGUGACACAACCGAAUCUGAAACAAGUUCAUCAGACUCAAUUAUGAAGCAGUGCCUGGAUCGUAGAUUCAUCGAGCAUGAUGCCUUCACUCUCUUAUCCCUAGUGAUGAGAUCGGCUAAAUCGUUCUACGAACUCGGCGAUCCCGGUCAAAAGACUCCUCAAAAUGGUAUUGGAACACCUCAAAACGGCGCUUCCCCUAUCGUUGAAAGGAUAUUGGAGUCGAAUUACUCACUGGCCCUCAUGCUAUUACUCAAAUAUGAUUGCCCGCCAAGUCCUCAAACAUUGGUCGAUGAUGCAAUUUUCCUGCGAGAUAAUUUCAACGCUACUGGAGGCUCUAAGGUAAUCCAUAAAUAUAGUGGUAGAUCCCCACGGCGAGAUAAAUCGUCAACGCCACCUGACACUCCUCUUGAAGGAAGUCUCAGCCCUAGACAGAUACUCAUGCGAAAUAGAUCGUCAUUAACUACUCCUACUCGGUUCUUACAGCAACAAGGGGGUGUUGAGGCGUUAAUCCAUGGGGCUGCGGGCGCCGCAAAAGGGGUGUAUAAUAGGGGAGAGCGCCUCGGCAUCAAUCAAGCUGUACGCGAUGCAAUGGAAGAGGUCAAGAAAAAUAUGCAAGGACUACAAACUCCACGAAGCAUUAACUCCUCUAGAAGGGCCACUGGUGCUUCACGGUGGUCCCUUGACGACGGGCGUGUGCUGCCUGCCUCAACUGCUAUCAUGGCAACAAUGAAUGAAAGAAAUAGGCAAUUGGCAGUCAUGCUAGAUCACGCAAUGAAAGAUCUGAGAUCUAUUUCUGUGUCACAAGAAACUGACCGGGAGAAGUACAUCGAGGCGAUAGACAUAGCCAUCGCGAAAGUUGAUUUUGUGAGAGUAUACUUGGAAGACUCUACCAUGCCACUUCCAAUCACGUCACCAAAUAUCGAUAACGGAAGUGAACCUGCUACACAAGAAGCAGAUAUACCGAAAGUGCUAUUGCCACCAAUUCCAGAUCAUGUACAGACAACUCCACCAGAGCCAUCUAGCAUAACUUCGGACUUGGGAACGGUUCUGAUAGAGAAUGCAGAUGACCUAGACACCCCCUCUGUAUCAAUACCUGACAUCAGCCAAACUUCAACGGACGUAAGGGGCCCUUCCUCCUCUGAACCGCUUGUAAUCAUUCAGCCAAAUACGGAAAGGGAUGGUAUGAGAUCAGCGAUAUCUGAGCGGCCCGAAGCACCAAUUCCGACCAGGUCCAGCAUUGCUCAAUCAUCCUUCUCUUGGAUGUUGGAACCUGAUCAAGCAUCUAUUACUACUAACAAACCAUCGUCUCCAAAGUCCUCUUCUCCAUUUUUGAGAUCUGGAAAGCGGCCCACUUCUGGAGGUCGCGAAAAGGCGGCAUUUCUGUUUGGUGAAGAUGAUGGUGACUUUCAACUCCCAUUACCAAAAUCUUCUCUACUCAAUACCGAAGAAGCCUUCAAGCUUGGAAUAUUGAAACGAAUGGAGGAGAAGAAGUUGAAUGAGCAUACAGAAGAAUAG